UAGAAUUCGACAAUUUGGAAGACAUGGAGGCUGGUGUGUACAGCAAACACUGAGAGUUCACUCACAAAGCCAUAGAAAGGAAGCCACACAAAACGUGGACAUUUAAUUCAGCUAGGAGGUGAAUCAGAUUGACUGUGGGUGAAACCAUGGAGUCCAUGCUCAAUAAGUUCAAAAGCACGGUGACAAAGGUAACUGCAGAUGUUACCAGUGCUGUCAUGGGGAACCCUGUUACCAGGGAGUUUGAAGUGGGAUGUCACAUUGCCAGCGGAGGGCCAAUGCUCUCCUGGAAGAUCUUCAAUGGCAUCAAAAAAUCCACCAAACAGGAAGUAGCAGUUUUUGUAUUCGAUAAAAAAAUGAUUGAAAAAUAUCAGAAGUUUGAUAAAGACCAGAUUAUAGAUUCUCUUAAACGAGGAGUCCAGCAGCUUACAAGACUACGGCACCCACGUCUGCUUACUGUCCAGCACCCACUUGAAGAGUCCAGAGACUGCCUGGCAUUCUGCACAGAACCUGUUUUUGCAAGCUUAUCUAAUGUUCUUGGACAGUGGGACAAUCUGCCAAGCCCUGUACCUACCAACAUUAAGGAAUAUAAGCUGUAUGAUGUUGAAACCAAAUAUGGACUCUUACAGAUUUCCGAAGGCUUGUCCUUUUUACACAAUGGUGUAAAAAUGGUUCAUGGGAAUCUUACACCUGAGAAUAUCAUCCUGAAUAAGAGUGGAGUGUGGAAAGUCAUGGGAUUUGAUUUUAGUAUCUCCUCAUCCAAUCCAUCUGAACAAGAGCCAAAGUACUCCUGUAAAGAGUGGGACCCGAAUCUUCCAUCGCUGUGCCUGCCUAACCCAGAGUAUUUGGCUCCUGAAUACAUCCUCUCUGUGAGCUGUGACACAGCCAGUGACAUGUACUCUUUAGGAGUUGUUGUGUAUGCUGUAUUUAAUGAAGGAAAGCCAAUCUUUGAUGUAAACAAGCAUGGUAUUUUUAAAAGCUUCAGCAAACAACUGGAUCAGUUGAGCCGUUUAAGUCAAAACAUCCUUCAGAAGAUUCCAGAAGAGGUUCGUGAGCAUGUAAAGCUUUUGUUGAACGUAACUUCUACUGUAAGGCCUGAUGCAGAUCAGAUGACCAAGAUUCCCUUUUUUGAUGAUGUUGGAGCUAUGACACUACAAUAUUUUGACUCGUUAUUCCAAAGAGAUAACCUGCAGAAAUCUCAGUUUUACAAAGGACUUCCAAAGGUUCUUCCUAAAUUGCCUAAGCGGGUUGUAGUACACCGUAUCCUGCCAGCUCUGACCUCUGAGUUUGUGAACCCGGAUAUGGUUCCCUUCGUCCUGCCAAACGUCCUGCUCAUUGCUGAAGAGUGCACUAAACAGGAGUAUGUUAAAUUAAUCCUGCCCGAUCUCUCCCCAGUCUUCAAGCAACAAGAACCUAUUCAGGCAAGCAAUAUGAUUCUGUUAAUCUUUUUGCAAAAAAUGGAUUUGCUGCUGACCAAAACUCCUCCAGAAGAUAUAAAGAACAGUGUGCUACCAAUGGUUUACAGAGCUCUGGAAGCACCCUCAAUUCAGAUUCAGGAACUCUGUCUAAACAUCAUUCCUACCUUUGCAAACCUGAUAGAUUAUCCAUCCAUGAAGAACUCAUUAAUUCCAAGAAUUAAACAUGCAUGUUUACAGACAUCCUCUCUUGCAGUCCGUGUAAAUUCCCUGGUCUGUCUGGGCAAGAUUUUAGAAUAUCUUGAUAAAUGGUUUGUAAUUGAUGAGCUCCUGCCGUUCCUGCAGGAAAUUCCAUCCAGGGAGCCUGCUGUGCUUAUGGGAGUAUUAGGAAUCUACAAGUGUACAUUUGCUCAUAAAAAGUUGGGGAUUACCAAAGAACAACUGGCUGGGAAAGUCCUGCCCCACCUCAUCCCUCUCAGCAUUGAUAACAACCUCAACCUCAACCAGUUCAAUUCCUUUAUGGCGGUAAUAAAAGACAUGUUGAGUCGAGUAGAAACAGAACACAAGACCAAACUUGAGCAGUUGCACAUCAUGCAAGAACAGCACAGGGGAAUGGCAAUUUCCAGUUCAGUGAACAAAACCGAAGCGCCUCAGUCAAAUCCAGUUAAUCAGAUUGACAACAUAUUUGGAUCAAAUUCUGUAAGCGGAGGAUCUGAAAGGAAAGAAAAUGGGUCUACGGCAGUAGCACCCCAACCAUCAAGAGUAUCUCUAACACUGGAGGAAAAACAGCGGUUAGCAAAGCAACAGGAGCAGACUCUGAAACUGAGGAAUCAGAAGCCUCUUGCUCCCGCAAAUGUGACAACGGCCGCUUCUAUAAAACCAAUGAAGGAUCUGACCAGCACCCUUCUAGACAGCAUGUCGUCUAUGGGGACCCUGUCUCUAAGCACCACUAAACCAGGCCCCUCCACAGGAUUCUCCACCAUGUCCUCGAUGGGUACUAUGUGUGCGACGGGAAACAUGAGCAAUGGUUUUAAUUCCAGCAUGGUAUUCCAGCCUUCUGCCAUGAACAUGGGAAUGUGCACCCCCAACCCCAGCAUGUACGGUGGCAUGGCUACGACAACAAGCACGCCCAGUUUCAACAGCAUGGGUGGGUUAAGUCAGCCAGGUACAGUGGGUGUGUUGCAACAAAACAAACCUGCAAACAUGGUGGCUCUAGAUUCUCUGUUUGUACCACAGAAACACAAAGUUAGCUUGAACCAAAUGGCACUGAAACCUGCACAAACAGCAGCUGCCCCCAGCCCAUGGCUGAACCAGUUUGGGCAACCCCAAGGACCACAGACCAUGAACAUGCCCAUGGCUCCAGUGCAACCUGGGGUGACGGGCCAGACAGGCUUUGGAAUCCAGGCAAAUCCAUUCUUUAACCCUCAGAACUUCUCCCAGCCCGGCAUGCCAAAUAACACCAUGAAAACCAGCACCUCUGUAAACAAUGACCUGAAAGACCUUUUUGGCUAGGACAUUGUUGCAUUUUUUUAUAUUUUUCAUUUUUCCUUCAAUCAUUAAUAGAGAACUAAAUAAUCAGAAUCAUGGGUGAGCUGAAAUAACAUCUACCAUAUCUAUUGUAUCCUAUAUUACUAUUAUCAUUUGUAUGCCAUAUCUAGGUUUGCCUGGUGAUGUGGAC